CUCCCUACUACCACACACUUCGAACUUGUGCCCACGAUGGCAGCUGCAGCUGCAGCCUCUUCGACGUCUACGGCUCCAUCUGUGCCAUCGUUCUCAGCUCCAGAGGGCGCAUUUACCCAGACGUCACUCGCAGCCUCCUUCGGCGAGCUGCCAUUGAGCGGUCAUGCCCUCAACUCAACGGCAGAGUCCAACGCCAACAACAAUAGCAACAGCACAGCAGCCUCGCCCUCACCACUUGGGGGUACAUCCAUGCUCCUCGGGCCAGGCGCGACGAUACCAGCUGCCGUCUCCUCGCUAUCACCAUCCCCGUCCAAUCAGACCAACAACCCUGACAGUGUAGCCGCUUCUGCCGGCCCUCCACCGAUGCCAGUUAGCCACUUGCCUCUCUCGUGGCGCAAAGAAGUCGGACCGACCAUAGAAGCUAGCAUGAGUACAUGCAGCGUGCCUUGGCCCGGUACGACUGCUCUGAACCCCGAGACCGGCGCCGCCUCCUCGUCGAAGCGUAAAGGAGGGCAGAACGAGUCUGCAGAGGGGAGCACAGCAGCUACUGCCUCCUCAUCGGGGGGCAGCAGUACGAAUGGUCGUCAUUUACAGAGUAAAGGUACAGGCCUGCGUCACAAUAUCCCGGACCCUGUGAUUGAGGGAGCCCUCGUCUCGCAAGGCAUAGACGCACCUCCGGCCACGACGACCGGAGGUCAAGGCGGCAUCCUCGGCAUGUCCUCGCUCGCAUCGUACGGAUUUCUUCCUACUUCCAAUGGUCAAGGCGGAGGGACACUCGAUCUGGAUCGCCAGCUUUCCAUGCUCUCCGUUCGAUCAGAGACUGGCCCGGCUUCGUUGUACAAGCCCCCCAAGAAUCCGCCUAAGCCAAAGAAUGCCGUCCGUCAGUCCAAUUCGUCCUUCGUCGUCAAGACACAGAUUCACCCUGAUCUCAAGGACGUCCUGACUCAGCUGGAGAAGGCCGCUGGAGAAGGUAGCGAGCCCAUGGUCUUCACGCAACGCGGCCGCACGCUCUUGUGGCUCGCAGACGCAACAGGGAAACGUGAGCCCCUCGGGCGAUUCCUCUUCGCAUCCCCACCCUCGGCGCACGAUGUCAACCAACUCACCCGCUCCCCCUCCGUUUUGGACGUCAUCAUCGGUUUCCCCACCGGUGAUAUUCUGUGGUUAGAUGCCCUCGGGCUGCGCUACUCCCGAUUCAACAAGGGAGGGCUAGUGACCGACUCGGGCGUGACCAAGAUUCGCUGGCUGCCAAGCGCGACCCAUCAGGGUCUAUUCGUGUCGGCGCAUGCGGAUGGGACCAUGAUCGUCUGGGACAGGGAGAGGGAGGAUUGUGAGGUGCACAAGGGGUGGAGUCCUCGCAGUUGGAGCGUGAAGCCGAAUAGGAGGCAGAGGGAGGCAGUCCAGCGGCUGAGGGAGGGGGCAGGAGGCAUUGAGGAGGAAACGGAGGUACAGGCAGCAGCAGCAGCAGCAGCAGGUGCGGGAGCGCGUGGCUCGAGCGAGAUGAUGGAGGUCCUUGAUGGCCCGCCAGACACGCCGACCUCGUCUACACCCGCGCGCAAGAGUACCUUGCCCUCGCUCAGCCUGCCGGCUAAUGCCUGGGACCCGAAGCGGAGCAUCCUUGUCAGUCGGCCGGGAGCGGACAAUGCUACCGUCCUCGCGACAUCAGCUGGCGGGAUCGCUUCACCAAACAACGAACGCAACGCUAUGCCGGGUCUGAGCGGGAUGAGUACGCCUGGCUCCACGACUCACCCGGGCGGCGGGGACGAGCCGCCCUCGACUACAGGGUCAAGCCUGCUCAGCCGCGGCCUCGGGUCACAGAGACGCAGAGAGGCCUCUAUCUCGCAAUCUGGCGCGGGCCCUAACGCAGUUCCCUCUGUCUCCGUAACGGGAAGCGGGGAUGAGCCAUCCUCCUUGUCUGGCUCCACCACCUUUGAGGCGCCUACGUCCACCUCAACCUCCGCAUCGACAUGGACCAAGAAUCCUCUCACCCACUGGCGCAUCUCCGCCUCCUCCCGUCUAAACGACUUUGCCAUCUCGCCCGAUUUAGGGUGCAUAGCUGUAGCUGGCGAGGAUGGGCUUCUGAGGAUCAUCGACUUGACAACUGAGAAGCUGAUCGCUUGCCACGCCAGCUACUUCGGGCCCUUCCUCUCCCUUGCAUGGAGCCCGGAUGGUCGCUUCCUGCUCGCUACGAGCUGCGACGAUUUGGUCAGUAUCUACCAUCCUCGCGAUUCUGGCGCGGCGGCUGCGGGAGGCGGGAGCGAGUCUCGUCUCGUUGCUCGAUGCGUGGGCCACUCAUCUUGGGUGAGGGAUGUGGCGUUUGAUCCGUACAGGUGGCGUGAGGGGGACAGGACGUAUCGGUUCGGGAGCGUAGGUGAGGACGGCAAGGUGUUGCUUUGGGACUUUUCGGGGGCGAGCCUUGCCAGGCCAAAGGGGACGGCCGGCUCAGCGGGAAGAGGCAGGCCAGGUUCAGCCACGGGCGGGCAUCACGCAAGUCCGCACGGAGCCCCGCUUCAUCGACAUGGUCGCAGUAGUAGAGGACACGACUCUCCCGCCGGUGCCGCCCCUCUCGGGGAGGAUGAUAUGCCCGACUCGAUCUACCACCCUGCCCCGCCUAGGCAGCAAGUCGCGCAACUCAACCCCAUCAGCACUUACCAGGCAUCUCAGCUCACGUCCUUGCUUGGGAUCCGAUUCAGGCCGAGCAACAUGUUGCUCUUCUACUCUAACGGGAUCAUGCAGAUCUUUGAGCGACCGACUGUUAAGCUGCUUAGGAUAGGGAGCGGACAGACUGAUGCGGAGGCGGCCGCAGCGGGAGGAGCUGAGGGUCAGCGAUCCACGGAUGAUGACAAGGCGAAGGCUGGAAAGAAGAAGACUGGAGUCAGUUUUGGUGGGACUCUCAGUCGAGGUAUGCGAUGGGUGGGAGGGGGACAGGGUGGACCCGCCGGUCCUGACUCGCAGACUGGGAGGGCAGGGGCCAGUAAUACCGCACCGGUGGCCAUGCUUGGCUGAGCGUCGAGACGAAAGGGCGCAUCACCUUGUACAUCUUCAGCUCGCUUCAUGAUAGCACUCUCAAUUGUGAGGGCCCGUGCGUGAGAGCGUGAGGGCGAAGCUCG